AUGAUGUUUGUGAAAUUCCAGUACUUCUGCAUCAUCUACUUCCUGCUGGUGCGCUUCCUUAACGGUGCCACGAUGGAUCUGUAUAAAAAUUCGCGCCUUGGCAACCGCAUCGUGCAGACGCGGUACGGCCGGCUGCAGGGGCUAGUGCUGCCACUGGACGGAUACAAAUUUCUCAAACCCAUCGAAGCGUUCCUCGGCGUCCCGUACGCUACACCGCCAACUAAAAUGAACAGAUUUAGUCCAACCCGUACGCCGUCGCCCUGGGACGGCAUACGGAUAGCGGAUAAGUUUAGCCCGGUCUGUCCCCAGCGACUGCCGAAUGUAAAUAACGAAACAGCAGCUUUAGAUAAGAUGCCAAAAGGACGACUGGAGUACUUGAAGCGUUUGCUACCUUUUUUACAGAACCAAUCGGAGGACUGUUUAUAUUUGAAUGUAUUUGCUCCAGUUCACGCCACUCAAAGUGACAAGAAACUGCCUGUUAUAGUAUUUUUACACGGAGAAUCGUUCGAGUGGAACAGCGGCAACCCGUACGAUGGCACCGUGCUAGCCAGUUACAGUGAUUUAGUCGUAGUUACGUUAAACUAUCGGUUAGGUAUAUUGGGUUUUCUUAACGCCAACCCCAGUCCACAGCUGCGCGCUCGAGUCGCCAACUACGGCCUGAUGGAUCAGAUGGCCGCCCUUCACUGGGUGCAGCAGAACAUCGCCAAGUUCGGUGGUGAUCCGGCGACGGUGACGCUGGCAGGUCACGGGAGUGGUGCGGCAUGCAUCAACUUCCUCAUGACCUCACCCACGAUGGUGCCGGGUUUGUUCCAUCGUGCGAUCCUGCUAUCCGGUUCAGCCUACUCGUCCUGGGCCCUGGUCGAAGAUCCGGUCGUGUACGCGCUCAAGCUCGCGAAAGAGGUGAACUGCUCGAUCCCGGAGGACCUGAUCAAGAACCACGAGCAGAUUGUCGACUGCCUGCGGGACGUACCGCUCGAGGAGCUGUUUGGGGCAGAUAUUCAGCCACCGAGCUUCCUGAGCGCAUUCGGUCCAUCGGUGGAUGGUGUCGUGAUCCGACCGGGUCGUUCCAAUCAGGACAUCGACGAGCUGCCAGUCCGGGGCACCUCAAAGCGCUCACAAGGUGCGGCUGGCCGGUACGACCUGCUGUUUGGUGUCGUAACAGGUGAGGCACUGUGGCGCUUUAGUGCCGCCGACAUCCAGAGUGGUUUUGAGGGUGAACGGCGUGAUAGGAUCCUGCGGACGUACGUCCGCAACGCGUACACGUACCACCUGAGCGAGAUCUUCUACACCGUCGUGAACGAGUACACGGAUUGGGAGCGAACGGUGCAACAUCCGAUCAACAUGCGUGAUGCGGCCGUGUCCGCACUCUCCGAUGCCCAAUUCGUCGCACCUCUCGUACAUACGGGGGAUAUGCUUGCCCCACCACCGCCACUGCCCGGUCAGGAACCAUCCGGACCGAAGUGUUUCUUCUACGUGUUCGACUACCAGACGAAGGACGGCGAUUAUCCGCAGCGGAUGGGUACCGUGCACGGUGAGGACCUGCCGUACGUGUUCGGAGCACCACUCGUCGAUGGGUUCAAUCAUUUCCCGCGGAAUUACACCAAAUCCGAGGUUGCCCUUUCGGAGGCGCUCAUGGUGUAUUGGGCCAACUUCGCACGGACCGGGAACCCGAACGAACACCAUCGGCAGGACUCGAUCCUGGCGGCGUCGCGCGAACGGAACCGGUUCCGCAGUAUCAACUGGGAGGAGUACGAUCCGGUUCACCAGAAGUACUUGGAAAUCGGCAUGAAACCGCGGAUGAAGAACCACUUCCGGGCGCAUCAGCUCUCCAUCUGGUUGCGGCUGAUACCGGAGCUGCACAAAGCCGGCAUGGAGGACGUGAUAGCGAGGCACAAUCUCUUCAAAAACCACGACGACAUGGACCUGUACGAGGGGCUCGUCAAACCGGACUCGUUCGCCGGCCGGCUCAACUACCUGGAGGACAAUCUGAAGCGCCGUGGAAUGUUGACCGGAGGCGAGCUGGGCCAUGCGCUGCAUGCAAACGCCGUCAUGACAACAGCCGAACCGGUCCUACUCACAACGUGCAUGCCAGUCGGCAACUACAGCGCGCUAGUACCGACGGCCACCAUCCUAAACGCGACGACGGACACACUGGCCGGUCUGGAAGCGGCCGGAUACGCCGCCUACUCGACCGCACUCAGCGUCACGAUCGCGAUCGGCUGCAGCCUGCUCAUCCUGAACGUGCUCAUCUUCGCCGGGGUGUACUACCAGCGCGACAAAACCCGGCUCGAGGUGAAAAGCCUCCAGAAGCAGUACCAACAGCGAGGCGGUGGUCUCCACCAGCAGGGCCCGUUCGAUCCGAUCAAACACGCCCACUACCAUCUCGGCCACUCGCAGUCAGCGAACGUGAUCGUGGACGUCGAGAAUCACGACACUGGCGCCCUCAUCCUGGCCGGCGACGUCAAAUCACCGCACAUCUGCGCGAACGCGAUGCAGAUCAGCGUCAUGAAGAGUGGCUCACCCGGUGGCAACGGCGGUGCCGGUGGUGGUGGUGUUGGAGGUGGUGUGGGUGGUGGCGGUGGUGGUGGUGGUGGUGGUGGUGGAGGCGGGGGACCUGAUGGUGCUAGCUGUAACGUGCCAGCUCCAAACGUGGCGAAGAUACCGCUGCAGGCGAACAACACCUCCUACGGUACGACGAAACAUCCUUCCCGGACGGAACACAUCGCCAUCCCGAUCAAAAACUCCACCUUCCUCGGGCCGGGUGGGGGUGUUGGGGUGGGCGGGGGCACCUUCGUGAGCGGAAUGAUGACCCUACCCAAGCCCAGCUCACAACAACAGCAACAGCAACAACAGCAACAGCAACAGCAGGUGCACAUCCCGAUGAGCUACAACCGGAACGAGUGCAUGACGCUACCCCGAAACAUCGGUGGCACCAAUGGCGGCAAUGCAGAUGUGCAACAAAUUAAAUUACCACCAAAUGGAACCGCCAUCGGUAUCCACAUGCGGGCGCCCCAAUCCUGCCCCGGCAACUCGCCGGAAAACCGUCCCCUGCUCGUCUCCCAACAGCAGCAGCAACAGCAGCAAAUGGGCUCCACCGGCCACUCCCAUCAUCAUUCGCAUCACGGCCAGCAUGGACCGCAGCAGCAACAGCAACAGCAGCAGCAGCAGCAUGAUAGUUUAGCACAAUUAAAAUCCCAAAAUCUCAAGAACAACGUCUGCCCCCCGCAGCUCCCUCACGCCGCGAUGAGUGAGAUGCGGGUCUGA